CGUUUGCGGUUGAUCGAGACGCAUCAUGUCUGGUAGAGGCAAAGGCGGGAAGGGGCUCGGCAAAGGCGGCGCCAAGCGCCACCGCAAGGUGCUGCGCGACAACAUCCAGGGCAUCACCAAGCCGGCCAUCCGCCGCCUGGCUCGGCGCGGCGGCGUCAAGCGCAUCUCGGGGCUCAUCUACGAGGAGACGCGCGGCGUGCUGAAGGUCUUCCUGGAGAACGUCAUCCGCGACGCCGUCACCUACACCGAGCACGCCAAGAGGAAGACGGUGACGGCCAUGGACGUGGUCUACGCCCUCAAGCGCCAGGGACGCACCCUCUACGGCUUCGGCGGCUAAACUCGAUUCCUGGCCUCGCUUACGCUUUUAGAACCCAAAGGCUCUUUUCAGAGCCACCCACAAGUUUCAGGAAAAAGAGCUUUAAUCGUUGCAUGUGUACGUAGUUGUUAUACUUGCGGUUAAAUUUGUAGGCGGAGAUAAGGGAAGGGACUUCGCUUUUCUUGACCGGGGGCUCCCUGGGCUCAAGAAAAAAGCAGCCAUGGCGGUUA